AUGUUCCCGUCUUCCAUAGCCAGGCGUGUGGCGGAGGAACUGGGCAACAUUCAUUUACUAGACGAAGUCAAAGAUGAAAUAUACAGUGUCCUUUCGGAAAUCCACAGACCGAACUCGUUUGCUUGUUGCGGUGUCGCCAAAGACGCCGAAGAUCCAGGGCUCUUCUUGAUCGACCAUGGUCCCAUUCGUUUGCCCCUUUCAAAAGAUGGCGCCGAAGCCAUCAUCUCAAAGUCCACGCAAAGCUCAUUCGGCAAGGGCUCACAAACGAUUGUUGACACACUGUUUCGGAAAUCCUGGCAACUCAACCCCUCUCAGUUCGCUAUUUAUAACUCGAAAUGGGAUCAAAUAGUUAGCGACAUCGCCAGCAAGGUUCAUGGCGAGCUCUUCAUUGAUUGCGAUGUGAAGAACGUAUUCGCCCAGCUGUACAAGACGCUCUUGUACGAGGAGGGAGCCUUCUUCAAACCUCAUAAGGACAGCGAAAAAGCUCCUGGGAUGUUCGGGACGCUGGCUAUUUGCCUUCAGUCCCCCCACAAGGGUGGUGAGCUCAUUGCGACCUUCAACGGCGAGACGAAAUCGAUCAAGACUGCGCCUAACUCAGGACUCGACAUUUCGUACGCUGCUUGGAACGCUGACGUGCUUCAUGAGGUGAAGCCUGUUGUGUCCGUGUACCGUCUUCUCCUGACCUACAAUCUCAUUCGCCUACGUGUGGACCACGACCGACUAGACAUAUCUCACACGCCUUUCGACUACAAAGAAGACCUGGUUUCAGCGUUGACGAAGUACGAAGACGGGGAACAGGAACCUAACUCUAAGUUUCCAAGUUUCCUGAUAUAUCGAUUGGAACAUCAGUACACCCAAGCCAGUCUUCGCGCCGACCUGCUGAAGGAAGCAGAUAUCGGCCAAUUGCAGUUCUUGAAGCAAGUGACGGACGACCUCGGCUUUGGAGUCUAUCUUGCAAGUAUGGAGAAGGAGAUCAAAAUGUCGGAUGAGCGGGAGGACGAAUCAGAGAUCUCCCGAGACAUCUCUUUGACGUACGUGGUUGAUUUGGACGGUACACGGAUCGACGAUCAGAGAUCAAGGUUGGAAGUCGAUGUCAACGAGGAGAUGAUUAUCGGUUCUGAGGCUUACGAUGAAGAGGAAAUGGAUGACGAGGAGUAUUCAGGGUAUAUUGGUAAUGAAGGCUGUACCGCCACUUUCUGGUAUCGUGAUACGGUUGUCGUGAUUGUUCCACCACUAAAGAAGAUCGAUUUCUUGUAUCGAUGCGACAAACGAUACGAGCAUGUGAGUUCUUGGAUUUCGCAAUUACGUCAAGCCCCCGAAACUGACGAGGCUGUCCAACGCGACCUGAGAGACCUUUGUGACGUCGUGAUUGUAAAUAUGGAUAAAUACCGCUCCCGCUGGAUCUGGGAAUCACCUGAAGAGAGGAGCAUAGGAUCGCACUCACUAACAAAGUUCUUGCAACCGCGUUGCAAUGCGAGAGACUGGAUCUGUACGACAAGAUAA